AUGACAACCUCAUGGAGCGACCGACUCCAGAAUGCAGCAGAUCUCCCUGCAAACAUGGAUGGGCAUGCUCUGAAAAAGUACCGCCGGGAAGCCUAUCACCGGGUCUUUGUAAACAGAAGCUUAGCCAUGGAAAAGAUAAAGUGCUUUGGGUUUGAUAUGGAUUAUACACUUGCUGUGUAUAAAUCCCCUGAAUACGAAUCUCUUGGAUUUGACCUGACCGUAGAAAGAUUAGUUUCCAUUGGAUACCCUCAUGAGCUGCUCAAUUUUGUGUAUGAUCCUGCAUUCCCUACCAGAGGCCUGGUGUUUGAUACCCACUAUGGUAACCUGUUGAAAGUUGAUGCCUAUGGGAACCUCCUAGUGUGUGCACACGGCUUUAAUUUCCUCAGAGGGCCUGAAACACGGGAUCAAUAUCCAAAUAAAUUUAUCCAGAGGGAUGACACAGAUAGGUUUUACAUUCUGAACACGUUAUUCAAUCUACCAGAGACCUACCUAUUGGCUUGCCUAGUGGAUUUCUUUACUAACUGUGACCGGUACACUAGUUGUGAAACGGGGUUUAAAGAUGGAGACCUCUUCAUGUCCUUCAGGAGCAUGUUCCAGGAUGUCAGAGAUGCUGUCGACUGGGUUCAUUACAAGGGAUCGCUCAAGGAAAAGACCCUUGAGAAUCUGGAAAAGUAUGUGGUGAAAGAUGGGAAGCUGCCACUGCUGCUCAGCCGCAUGAAUGAAGUUGGGAAGGUGUUUCUCGUCACAAACAGCGAUUAUAAAUACACAGACAAAAUUAUGACUUACUUGUUUGACUUUCCACAUGGACCAAAGCCUGGGAGUGCCCAUCGGCCCUGGCAGUCCUACUUCGACCUGAUCCUGGUGGAUGCGCGAAAACCCCUCUUCUUUGGGGAAGGCACCGUGCUGCGGCAGGUGGACACGGUGACUGGGAAGCUGAAGAUUGGUACCUACACUGGCCCACUGCAGCACGGCAUCGUGUACUCAGGAGGCUCUUCGGACACAGUCUGUGACCUGCUGGGGGCCAAAGGGAAGGAUAUCUUGUACAUCGGAGACCAUAUCUUUGGAGACAUCCUCAAAUCCAAGAAGCGCCAGGGCUGGAGGACCUUCCUGGUGAUCCCCGAGCUGGCACAGGAGCUGCAUGUCUGGACAGACAAAAGCGCCCUUUUUGAAGAGCUGCAGAGCCUGGACAUUUUCUUGGCCGAGCUAUACAAGCAUCUGGACAGUAGCAGCAAUGAACGCCCUGACAUCAGCUCCAUCCAGAGACGCAUUAAGAAAGUGACCCACGACAUGGACAUGUGCUACGGGAUGAUGGGGAGCCUCUUCCGCAGCGGCUCUCGGCAGACCCUGUUUGCCAGCCAGGUGAUGCGCUAUGCCGAUCUCUACGCAGCCUCUUUCAUCAACCUCCUCUACUACCCCUUCAGCUACCUCUUCAGAGCCGCCCAUGUCCUGAUGCCGCACGAGUCCACGGUAGAGCACACGCACGUCGACAUCAACGAGAAGGAGUCGCCAAUGGCCACGCGCAAUCGCACCUCGGUGGAUUUUAAAGAUUCUGACUACAAGCGGCAUCAGCUGACCCGCUCCAUCAGUGAGAUCAAACCGCCCAACCUCUUCCCCCAGGCACCUCAGGAAAUCACACAUUGCCACGAUGAAGAUGACGAUGAGGAAGAAGAAGAGGAGGAAGAAGAGGAGGAAGAGGAAGAGGAAUAAGAAGGAAAAAGCAAAGCAUCUCUGAAGACAAACCGUGACUCUAGGAGUGAUCAGGAGCGGAUUCCUUUGUUGGGGCCCUUGGGGUGAUGGGUUGGGGGGGUGUGAUUCUUGCAAAGGCACAUUUUGAAAGUGUCCGGAAACUUUUAACAAAUUAACACUAAUUAGGAGGAGACCCUUGUUUUCAGUUUUGCAGACGGUUCAAAAAGCGGAUGGAUUCUGCCUGGGUGGUGCAUUCAGAUUGGACUGCCCGCCUGUGCUGUCAUGCUGCUCCCAUUACAUUUAGGGAUGCCGCAUGUUUCUCCCUUUCCCAUGACGUGUUUCAUUUGAUUUUCAUUUGUACGGUGUCCUGUGAACGGUUUUUGUCAUU